AUGUUCUUCCUCAAAGAAGAGACGAAAGUCAUCACGCUACACCCGUCGUACUUCGGGCCUAACAUGCGGGAAUACCUCAUCAACCGGCUUAACGAGGAGGAAGAAGGUCGGUGUACGGGUGACCACUUCGUCAUCUGUGUGAUGGACAUGGUUGAUAUUGGCGAGGGGCGAGUUCUGCCAUCUGGUGGACAUGCAGAAUACAGCAUCAAGUAUCGGGCGAUUAUCUGGAAGCCGUUCCGGGGAGAGACGGUCGAUGCUAUAGUUACCUCCGUUAAACCCACUGGUAUCUUCACACUCGCUGGACCGUUGUCUGUUUUUAUUGCGCGGAAAAACAUUCCCUCGGAUAUCAAAUGGGAGCCAAACACAGUACCUCCACAAUAUACAGACCAUGCGGAUCAAGUCAUUGAGAAGGGGACAAGUUUGCGACUGAAGAUUCUAGGUGUGAAGCCGGAUGUGGCUGCGAUCAACGCUAUCGGUACAAUCAAGGAGGAUUAUCUAGGACCCCUGUAA